AACGGACCGUACACAACAUCUCUUCAAAACACCCCAAUCCCCCAACCCUCCCGGAGGAGUAGAGCAGACUAGCAGAUAAAAACAAAACAAAACUCCGGCAAACCCCUUCUUCCCGCCAAAUUAUUUGAACAACUUAUGGCGGACUCCGACAACGAGUCAGGAGGUCAUAACAACAGCGGCGGUGAUUUAUCUGCUAGAGAACAAGACAGGUUUUUACCGAUUGCUAAUGUGAGCCGGAUCAUGAAAAAGGCGUUACCAGCGAACGCAAAGAUAUCAAAAGAUGCAAAAGAGACGGUACAAGAAUGCGUAUCCGAAUUCAUAAGUUUUAUAACGGGAGAAGCAUCAGAUAAGUGUCAAAGAGAGAAGCGUAAGACAAUAAAUGGUGAUGAUUUGUUGUGGGCAAUGACAACAUUAGGGUUCGAAGAAUAUGUCGAGCCAUUGAAAGUGUACUUAGCAAAGUAUCGUGAAAUCGAAGGGGAGAAAACGACAUCGUUAAGGCCCGGUGACAAAGAUGGAGUAGAUGGUGGUGCAUAUAGCAAUACUAAUACUAAUAGCAAUGGAAUGUACGGAGGAGGAGGGGGAGGGUAUAAUCAGCAGAUGUAUGGAUCGGGUCAGUAUCAACAAGCGGGUAUGGGUAUGGGUCAUUUGGGCAGGUCAGGCAGUAUUGGCGGGGGGUCAUCUUUAAAGCCAGGUAGGUGAAGUCGUUAAGUGGGGUGGGGUUGUGGAAAAAUAAAGGUUAGAAAAAGGAUGAAAAAAAAGGAAGAAAAUAUCAUGGAUAUCCUACUUUUUUUUUUAUUUUAGUAUUUGCUAAUUGGGGUUUUUUUUUCUCUCUUUUUGAUUAAUUAUUGACAUGUAAAAUUGUGAAUUGUUACAUAUAAUUUUAGGUUGUGCUUUUCAGCUUUUAAUGUUAAUUAAGCUUACUUGUUUA